AUGAAUUCGAAAAACCCUCUCAUUUCACCUUUCCUCUCAUUUUCUCCGCUCUUUACCUCCUUCCGCUCUCCUCACUCUCUCCCUCUCCCCCGCGUCGCUCCGCCGCUCCUUUUCUCCCUUUCUCUCUGCGCAGUGUUUCUCGACACGUGGCUGACCGGACCCGAAGUGGUUGGAUCGGCCGGCGACGCCCAGGCAGCCGGCCAAAUCUGCGUGGCCCUCUACAGGCUGGGUAACGACUACAACCUCUUCUACAACCUCACUUCCUUCACUGCCAAACCGGGCGCGCCGACGUCCGCCGUGAUCGCGCGAAACUCGGCGGGGAAGGCGGGACCCACCGUCCUCGAGCUUGCCGGGGCCAACGCCACGUGGACGAACGUCACUCGUCCGCCGCCAAGGAGGCCAAAAGUCGCUCCCACGUACAUCUAUAACUUGAAGGGGACGUGGCUUAAAGCGAAUACGCUGAACGCGACAAACGGGAAGACUGUGUCGAACCUGAUCAUCAUGAUGACACUGGCAGUGGAUACAUAUUACGGGCAAUUCGCGACGCCGGAUUUCGCGGCGGGAGAAGCGAGGGGGCAGUUCACCGAACUGACGAGCCAACCGACGCCGGCGGGUCAGAGCGAAACGGACGGGAAAUCCAGACCGUUCCGCAUCGCGUGCCCCUUACCCAAGCCCGCAGAGGCUGCUGCUCUCGGAAAUCUGAUAGUGAUUCUCGGUGCGCCGCAGAACGGAUCGGAAAUUGUUGGGUCGAAGGGCGACGCCAAGGCCAACGGCCGAAUCUGCCUCGCCGUCUACGAGCUCGCCGGAGACUACAACAUUUUUUUCUUUUCUCUCGUCACCACAUACAAAACGGAUGCACCGACCUCCGCCUUCAUCGGGCAAGGCUUGGUGGGAAAGGCGGGAAGCAAGGUCCUCGAGAUUGUCGGGGUAAACGCCAAGUGGAAGAAUGUUACUGUAUCGCCGCCUCCUCCUCCAGAUUCCAACAAGACAGCGCCGCCGCCUUUCUACUCCUACACCAUCCAGGGGACGUUGCUUAAUGCGAGUACGCGGGGCGCGUUGAACGGGAAAUCGGUCAAGAGUGUGAUCGACGAUAUCCUGUUGGCUCCGAACAGCUCGCAUUACGCGGGGUUCGCGUCAGCAGCUCACAAGAAGGGCGUUGCGAGGGGACAGAUAAGAGUGCUGGUGGCCGAGGCAAGCCAGCCAAUCGACACAUUUAUUGGCUUGGUGGGGGCACAACUGAACGGCUCCAGUGCUGACGUCAACGCCACAGGCUCCCUUUCCCUUGCCGUCAUCCUCAAUGCCGCAACCAACGACUACGACAUUACCUACAGCAUUGACGUGCUUCUCACCAACCCCGGCGAGCCCACCCGCGUCGUCAUCAUGAAAGGCGCUGACGUGGCACUCACCGUGGCCACCAGCAGCGCCACGUGGACCAAUCUCACGGUCUCGGACGCCGAGCGCACCAAGCUGAUCGCCGAACGAACGUCCUCCAGCAAACCCUGCCCUUUUACCUACGACCGAUGCCAAAUCCUUAAAGCCGAAGAAGCAGCCAAGCUGGCCAAGCUACCCCCCCUCCCUCCCCUCGGCUACACCUACGGAACAAACGGCACUUGGCUAAGCGCUAGUACUUUAAAGGCGGAUAACGGGCAGACGUACAAGGAGCUCUUGGAUGCCAUGCUGGCUGCUCCUGACGCUUACUCUGCUCUCGUCUUUGCCAAGGUUGAGGCUGGUGCUGCGAGCGGGAUGGUUCUCGAAAGGGCGGCGGUUUCCACGGCGGAAUACACGGCGCAUUACAUGAUGGACGGGGGAGUGGAGGAGGUGCUGGAGUCGCGUUACAUCCACGUGGCAGCGACUGCCACGUCAGCUGCAGCCGCGUCGCUCUGGCCGGGAACGGGCCAGCAUACCAGCACCCGCCACGUGGCAGGGCGCCGCGAUGGACAGCCCUCUGCUUCGUUUAAUUCUGGUGGGCGCAGCGAUUUAAGGGACACAGAUGUGAAAGACGACGGGAGCACAGGGGGAGGGAAGGGGCGCAUGGCGGAGGUGCUCGAAGGCGGAGGGGAAUCGGGGGAAGUGGGGGAGGCUUUGGGGGGGAAAAGUCGCGCGUUAGAGGUGGAAUCCGCGCCCAGCCUUCAAUCCCAACGCAGCAUGGCGGAACAUAUCGGGGCAGUACGCGGAGACAUGCAGGGGGCGGGCGCGCGUGGGGGAAAUGGGGAGGCGGAAGUGGUGGAAAAGCGGGAAGGGGCGGGGAGGGAUGGCAACGGGGGAGAACCAGGGGGGAAUGGGGGGCGAGGGGAAGGGGCGGUGUGGGUAGAUGAUUUGGAUGGGAAGGGGUAUGUGAGUCUAGGUAAACCUACUAAUGUGGAGGUUGGAAGCACGGAAGGGUUGCUGGGAAACCUUGCACACGUGGCACCUAUGGAUAGGCUGGACUCUGCCAGGCUGGCAGAACCCGAACCUGAACCCGUACCUGCCGCAAACACGGACGUCGAAACCGGCACCGCCACAGCUCCAGAAUCGGACAAAACCGCCAGCUGUCCGCACGCCGCGACAGGAUUGGUCGGCGCGGGCGGCGGGAAGGUGGUGAACGCGAUGGGGAUGAGAGUGAGGAUUAAAGCCGAAGCGGAGCAGACUGGGGGGUCCUAUAGCGUGAUUGAGUAUGAGGUUCCGGCAGGGGAAGGGUCGGAGGAGCACAUUCACACUCGGGAGCACGAGGCGUGGUUUUUGCUGGACGGGCAGAUGACGUGGACCAUCGAAAAAAAGACGUACCAAGCCAGCCAGGGCAGCUUCAUGCACAUGCCUCUUGGCCGGGCACAUUCUUUCCGCAACGACUCCGACCAACCUGCCCGAAUGCUGGUGGUCUGUAUGCCGGGCGGGCUGGAGAAAUAUUUCCUGGAAAUCGGAGAUCCAGAGGAAGCAGCUACUAUUGGACUAAAUGGUGCUGUGCAUAAGCCUGUGGUGGACCAGGCAAAGCUGCAGAAUGCCAUCAAGAAAGCCAUGCUCUACGGUCUAGUGUAUCCAAAAGGUUCAGCUGCUUAG